GAUCGUUGUCUUCUUUCUUAUAUAAAUUGAUUAUUAUUAACUUCUUUUCAAUUUUUAAUCGUAAUAAAUUUAUUUUAAAUUCUAAUAAAUAAAAUUUAUUUUAUGUUCAAUUAAAACUAAAUUUUAAAGAACAAAUUUAUCCUCAUGGAAAAAUAUAAUUUCAUCUUCUUCUUAUUGGGAUUUUUACCCAUUUCAAUUCACAGCAAUGAAAUCAAAGAGCUAUAUACUUAUGGCUAUUCGUAUAGUCAAUUUUUUCCUUUGGAUGAAAAUUUAACACCUGAACGAUUUUUGCGAUUUUCGGUUCGAGUUGCCAGAGAUGCUCACAUUCUUUUCGCACCGACGCAUGAAGCAGAUGAACCAGUUUAUGAAAUAGUUCUUGGAGCUCAAAAUAAUACAAUAAAUCAUAUUCGAGGAAGAUGUCCAUGUCAAGAAGAACCAAAUGCCUCGAUAAAAUCAGUGAAUCUUUUGAGUUCAAAAGAAUUUCGAAAAUUUUGGAUUCGAAUGAAAACUGAACGUCUUAGAACUUUUGUUCAAAUUGGUUUUGGCGAGAGCGAUACGCCUUUUCAUGAAUGGAGAGAUCCUCGACCAUUAAAGCCACAAUAUUUGAGCUUUCGAUCAGCAACUAUUGGAGAAUGGCGAUAUGGAUUCAAGGACUCCAGUUAUACUACAGGUGUUUCAAAGGACAGACGAUCAUCAAUAGUAACUUCAACAGGUUUUGGACAAUAUUUUCCCUUAUCCAAAGUUGUCAGCCAUUCUGAUGAUGAUAUUACUUUAUAUUUUACUUUUCGAUCUGAAUUUGAAUUACAGGUACUUUUGAGUCCAGAUAUAAGCACAUUGGGAAAUGUAUAUUUAAUUGGAAUUCACGCAAAUGGAGCAUAUGUGAAAGAUCGUCAUUUAGGAGAAAUGAAAACAGCAUUUCAACAAACUUCAUUUUUAAAUGCAAAAGAAAAAAUUAGAUUUUGGAUCAAACUUACAAGAGAUGGUUUACUUACUUUGGGAAGAACAAGUGCAUCAAAUCCAGUAUUACAAUGGAGAGAUCCAAAUCCAAUAUCCCCUCAGUAUCUCAGCUUCAAUAUGAAUCAAGAAGAUACCGAAGAAAUUGAUUCAAAAGUUUAUGGUGAUGUACAAUUUGGACUUGGUCCAGAUUAUAAUAUUGGAUCUCAAGAUUGUGCGGUUCGUUGGAAAGAUGGUUCAAUUCAGUUACCUCCAGGUCUAUUCAGAGGGGGGAGAUAUGACAAUGGAAUGAUAUAUAUUUGUCGAGCAAAUCAUCAAGGUGAUACAAUUCCUGGAAGCUAUAUAAUUGAUGAAAAUCAACAUGGAAGAUGUUAUAUUUCCUAUGAAUUAGAAGUUCAUCAAAAAUCUGAAUUCGAGCUACUCACCGGCUGUCGAAUGAAGUGGAUAUCAGCUUCUUUAGGACAUAUUCCAGAAGGUUCAAUUAUUGGCGGAUAUCGUCGAGGAAAACCAAGAUAUUAUGUCGCAAGAGUUAAACAUGAAGGCAUGAUUAUUGUAGGAAAACUUCAAAUCGAUGGAAAAAUUGCACAUGUGCCAUUUAACGGACAAGAACUUCCAUUCACCAAUUAUGAAGUUUUAGUGCAAAUUGUUCAAAAUACUGUUAGUCCAUUUGCUGCAUUUAUUGCCGGACCAAAUAAUGUUCCAACAUCAAUUCCAUCACCUUAUUUAUAAAUUCUACAAGAAUUCUUUAAAAGACUCAAUAAAAUAAUAAUAUUAUUAUUAAUAACAUUAGAAAUUAUAUAAAAUUAAUAAUUGUAAUAACUAAUAAAUAAUAAUUAUAUAGAAAAAAAAAUUUUAAUAAAAUUUAAAUAAUUAUUUAUA